UACCUAACAACAAAACAUUCGGCAGCGGAGUAGAAUUUUGGACAAAUCGGAAGAUGCACACGGAUUUGUCGCCGCACUUGCAUACGCCCAACUGCAACCAACUCAUAGAGGAGCUUAAAGCGUGCCACGAAAACCACGGAUUCCGCAAAUUCAUUGGCAUUUGUAACACCAUUGACGACAAAGUCGUCAAGUGCCUUAAAGCGGAGCGCAUAGCACGCUCAGCAGCAAAUCGGGCCAGAGCUAGGGAGGAGCAGGCCAGAUACAAGGAGCGCAUUCGACAGGAAGCAUCCGCCUAAGCAAUAAACACACAGAAUGAGCAGC